UUUUGCCCAAUUCCAUUUUCCCUCUUUUUUCCCUUCCCCAUCUGAAUUCAAAGGAAAACACAGAAGAAAAUAACAGAAAACAUGCGGGCGACGGAAAACCAGGGUUCGUUCCUGAACCGAAUCAGCAUACGCAGAAACCAAGUGGUCUCCAUGGACGGAAACCACGAGCAAGAGCUCGAGGACAUCGAGCUGUUUCAGAAGCACGUCGCGGAUCGAUUCUCCAACCUCUUGUCUCCUUCCUCUUCCUCGUCGGCGGAAUCCCCCUCCGAUUCAAUCCUCUCGAUCGCCUGGCUGAGGAAACUCCUCGACACCUUCCUCUGUUGCGAGGCCGAGUUCAAGGCGCUCCUGAUUAUCGGCCGUGAGCCUUCCCAGGUCUCCAAGCCCCCGCUCGAUCGCCUUAUCCCGGAGCUCCUUGAUCGCGUCGUGAAGGCGUUGGACGUCUGCAAUGCGGUCACUCACGGCGUCGAGGCGGUCCGCCAUUGCCAGAAGCUGGCGGAGAUCGCGGUCUCGGCUCUGGAGCAGAAGCCCAUCGGAGACGGCCAGGUCCGGCGGGCGAAGAAGGCGUUGAAUUCGCUGAUCGCGGCGGUGGCGAUCGAGGACAGGGAUGGAGUCGGGAGCAAGUCGACGGAGAGGGCGUGGUCUUUCGGCCGGAGAGGGGGCUCCGCCUGCGCCGGGAGUAAAGAUCGGACCGCCGGGCAAUUCCGGUCUUUGUGGUGGGGGAUGGCCAAGGGUUGGUCGGCGGCGAAACAGAUUCAGGCAAUGUCGAGCAAUCUGGUGGCCCCACGUGGAGCCGAGUCGACCGGUUUGGCUCAUCCGGUUUAUAUCAUGAGCACGGUUGUGGUGUUCGUUAUGUGGGCCCUGGUGGCGGCGAUUCCGUGCCAGGAGAGGACCGGAUUGGUGACCCACUUUCCUGUUCCGAGGCAAUUGGGCUGGGCCCAGCCCAUAAUUAGCCUGCAGGAGAAGAUAGCGGAGGAGUGGAAGAAGAAGGAGAAAAAAUGCUCCGCGGGGGUGUUGGAGGAGAUGCAGAGGCUGGAGAGGUUGGCACAGUCGUUGAUCGAAUUCACCGACUCGUUCCAAUGCCCCGCCGAGGCCGAGAGGCUCGGGGAGGUGGCGGCGCAGGUGGCGGAGUUGGCGGAGACUUGCCGGAGGAUGGAGGAAGGGUUGGUGCCUUUGCAGCAGCAGAUAAGGGAGGUGUUUCAUAAGGUUGUGAGGACUAGGACUGAGGUGCUUAAUGUGUUGGACCAAGUUGGUAAAGCAUCCACCACACCCACAAUCUAGAAUCGGUUGAAACUUGAAAGAAAGACGCAUAUAGUAAUUUUGAGGGAUAUUUGCAUUUGGAAGAGCUUGAGAUUACAAUUUUAAGUGAAUUUUUGUGAUCCUCCAUCUCCAAAGGUUCAAUUUUAUUACAUGAGUGUCUAUGUUGGCUCAUGGGACAUGGUUAUUUGAACCUUGCAAGGUGGAUCAUUUGUGGUGCCAUUUUGAUUGAGCAUGUAGCUUCGGCCACUAAGGAGUGUAGUAAAGUCUGCUUUUUGCUUAAAUGUGAAUGUUCUCCUCUUUUGAGUGACUUGUAACUUUGCUCUUUUUUUAUUAUUUUUUAUUUUUAAGUACAGAAACUCUAAUUAAAGAGAAAUAUGUACAUAUAACCAAUUAAAGUUAUCUUGUAUUCAAUAUGCAGAGUGAAGUUUUCCUUUUCAUGUUUUCUAAAUCACAA